GCAUGGCACCCAACCACAGUGGGAAAAAGCAGCAUCCACUACUGCCUUCGCCGCCGCCACUGACUGCAGCCACCGACAAACGCGCCGAGAGGAGGAGAUCUGAAGCUAUAUAAAACCAAAUUCAUCCAUCCGUCAACCGUACAGUAUCCGAUCGCAUAAGCGCCAGCGUGGUCGUCCGUCCGAGCGAAUUUGUCCGUUAAUUAGAACCGUUUGUUGUGAUUUGUGACCGAAUUGUGAUUAGCCGGAAGAAGCAAAAAGAAAAAAAAUGGUGUCCCGAGUUGCUGCUACCCUGUUGGUUGCCCUGGCCAUGUUUGGAUCCAGCGCGCUCGCCCGACCAGGAUACGCCGUCGAUUAUUAUGAUCACCCCAAGUAUGCCUUCAACUAUGGAGUAGCAGACCACAGCACCGGUGACGUCAAAUCACAGCACGAAACCCGAGACGGAGAUGUUGUCAAAGGUCAAUACUCGCUGGUGGAACCGGACGGUUCCGUCCGUACCGUGGACUACACAGCUGAUCCAAUCAAUGGAUUCAACGCUGUUGUAUCGAAAACCGCCCCUCUGAUCCAUCACCACGCCCCGGUGGUGAAACAUGUCGCGCCCGUUGUGAAGCACGUCGUUCCCGCGCCCCUGCCCCUGCCGGCCCACAAGGUGGUCUACGCUCAUGAGCCAGUGGUGCAUGUAACCAAGACUUCCCACUACGCGGAGCACGAGCCAACCUACCCGCACUACGGAGACUACCACGAUGGAUACUACGGUCACUACGAUGAUAGCCAUUACUACUAAGUAUAUGCUUUACCAAAUAGACAACAAAGAAACACUGCCAGUAAACCAGAAGGCCCAACAUAUGGCUUCGUUCGUCCAAUCGAAUCGCGUUAGUAUUAAGAGCCCAUCUCACUCUCUCCUCCCAUGGAAAUCGUGUCUAUUGUUUUAGCCAAAGGCCAAGGUCAGCGCCGGAUCUGGCUGAACCCUCGGCUCGAAAUUUGAACCGCUAAGUGCAACCCAAACUAGUUUUAAGCUUGCUGUUAAUGUGUACUCAUACGAAUAAGUUAAGCUUCGCUCUUUUUACGCUCCCGUCUAAGUUGUAUGUACAUAAAUGUGAUUUACCUUUGCGUCUGUGCGAUCAUUAGCGACUGCCUCGUAGUCGUUGCCACAAAUUGCACUGAAUUAGGCACAAAGUACAUCUUGAUAUUUCCGUUCAAUCACUCACCGGCGCGAUACCGGCACUCUUUUCCUCGACUUGACCUUUCGAAUCUUCGUUACUUUCUAUUAAAAAUCUAUCAAAACUGUUAUUUUAUUCUACUCUGAAAUCUGUUCGCUUCAUUGAAGCGAUGUUUCUCACAUCUGAUUGUUAUUCAUGCCGUUUUCUCUUUCACGGCCCGAUUACAGGAUUAAGUUCGAAAGCUAUUAUUUUUAUGAAAAUACAUGAAAUAAAUGUUUUGUAAAACUAUAAAUGAAUGAUUUUUAUUUGU